GUUGUAGCUUGUGAAAAAUAGAAAACUAAUAAUUGCAUCUGUACUUGUUUAAAUUACAAAACAAUAUCAUCAUUCAAGUAUAAUUUUUUAUAUAAAAUUAUCACGAUGUGGAUUUUAAAAUCGUAUUGCCUAAUCUUACUAAGACUCGCUUAUUACAACUGUCUCGAUAUAUCUUCACUAGAGGACAUUACUGAACCAACCUGUUCUGACGACACUUGUGAUAACGUAACCCAAGUUUCUACCGAAACUUACAACCAAAAUACAGAAUUAACCGAAUCUAGUUACACUUUAGACGACGAGGAUGUCGAUGAAUCGACAGAGGGUUUUAAAUUGUUCACCUUGAAACCACAAAAACCUCUUCUACCAGUAUUACCUAGGAAACCGAAUGAUACAGAAAGUAUUUUUCUAAAUGCUAAGAAACCAAAUAUCAUGAUAAGCAAGACGAAGUCAGAAAUAUGUGAAUGUGAUUUAAAGCUGUCGUCGUGUGAUAUUAACUGUUGUUGUGAUUUGGACUGCAGUGAUAAUCAGAUGGAAGCAUUUUCACUUUGUUCAAACAUGCAUGAAAAAAUCUACGACAGUAGAUAUUGUUACAGUAGCAAUUUUAUUUAUCGCAACACUUCAAAAUUUAUUCUUGAAAAGCUGGCAGAUAAUUUAUUUUGUAUAGUCUACGACAAUCUUCCCCCAGUUUAUACUGUAAAUAAUAAUGUGAGUAUUCAAAAUGUAAAAGAUCUAAUUCGAGCAAUAGAUGGAAUUGAUCCAAACGACUUUAAAUGGAAUUUGGAACCUCUCUGGAUGGAUCCUGGGUUUCAGACUCGUGAACCUUAUCGGCAUGGAGCCACAGUCUGGAAAUUCGAUAAAAGUUUUAUUAAACCUCUAGAAUUACUACAAAGUGGAUUUACAGCAUACUGUAAUUUUAGAAAAUCUGUUAAAUAUCUGGAAGAAUGGAAAGGAUCGUGCCUUCAGACAAAUUUAUCUAGCAAUAAUGCCUACUUAUUUCCAAAUAGAUUUAUUAAUUUUACUAUUAUAAGGUCACCUUUAUUGCUCGAUUUGAAUAAGUUCAAUCGAUAUCAGAAUUGUUCAGAGAAAUUGUGUGCAGUAAUUGAAACCAACUACUGUCUCGAAUCAUGGACUCUGUGCACUAAAGCCAAAUCAAAUCCCACAUCUUGUUCGAAUAACCAGUGUGAAAAUGUAAUAAAAAGUGUUCGUUACGUAAUUACACACAAUGGCACAAUGGGAAUUUCAGAUGUUAAAGUUUACUUCAAAGAAGCAAACGUAACAGGCAAAUUUUACCAGCACUUUGAAAUAAUCUAUGAAUGGGUCACCGACGAUAAAGUCAACCAUUUCAAACGAAGUGGAAAUCCUGGCUACAGUUUGGGAAACCCGAUUUUUGUUAGCACCUUAGUGACAAACAGAUCUUACAAUAUCGAAACAAAGAAUACAAUUUUUAAUAAAAUUAACAACUAUUUGACCCUGCCGAUAAGUAAAGAAGGAGGAGAAUGCAGUGAAGUAGAAAAGUACAUUGUGAACUUCGGGGAAAAUGUAAAGCUAAAAUGUAAGCUGAAAUUCAGAACUAAGUACUUUUCCACUUCUACUUGUAGAGAACUACAAAACAGAACUCUUGAGUUGCUAUUGACUAAAUCUCUUCUUAAUUUCACUAGUCAGAUCUCGAAUAAAAUUCAGAUUUCGAAAUCAGGAAAUAUAUCUAGUAACAAUACUUCAAAUUGGGUGGAAGUAUUUUUUAAUAAGCUUCCAGUAAAUUCGGCAACAGCACGAAUUGUUGAGGAUAAACUAUUGUGCUCGGGAUUAAUAACUUCAAUGCGAGUGGACAUAGUCCAUUCUAUAUUGUCGAUACCGGAAUUUGUAGAUAAUCAUGUAAUUUUAGGUGCAGGAAUUACUUUUGCUAAUAGCACCGACAUGUCGUGGCCAAGGUGUAAAAGUAUUAAUUGUAUUGAAAAUCUUGAUGUAGAAAUUGUGAGUUUUGUAUCUUUUCAUGAUGCAUCAAGACCAGCUAGAAUUUAUUUUGCUAGUGGGCCUAAUUUAGACAUAAGUUUGCCUUAUGAUUUUUUCUACCCAUUCCUUAGUAAUUCGAACAGAAUCAUGCAUUUAUACAAAUUGGUGCUAAGUUGUUCACUUACUACGAUCUUCAGUUAUAAAAUGAAUCGUAUAUAAGUUUUAAAACGCACAAGAACUAUAAAUGUAAUAACUGACUGGUAGAUCUUUAAUUUAAAAUACAUUUAUUUCGCCCAAUUCUCGACCUUAGGAAACAUUGUUUUCCAAAAUUUGUAAAAGUAAUUAAAGAAUGAAUUUUCGAAAAAUA